AUGAAAAAAUCCAAGGAAGUUCCGCUUACGGGACUCUUUGAAAAGGGUUAUGCUGAAUAUUUCGGGUUAUGCCUGGUGUUCACGGGGGGUGCAUGGAUGAUUAUUUCAGUGCUUGACUCAUUCCGGGUUAUGCCUGUUUCUGGUGAUUUGUGUAAUUAUGUGGCUGUGUGUAUUAUAUAUACAUUACUGUGCGUAUACGGGUUUAUUGGGGCCAGGGGUGUAUGCGUGGCACUUACGGUUAAUUCUCAGUGCGGUGACUCUCCUGAUGGGUGCCAUGCCAAGGACUAAUUGACAUAUGCUG